AUGAAGUUUUACUGCCAAGUAACAUUUAUACACCUGAGUGGAGCUAAGGAGAGAAAGGAAUCAAUUCCUCGGCUCGCGAAAUUUCUGUUUCUAAUAGUUAUGAAAUCUGAACGUGUGAAACAAGAUGGUACUGAAGUGUACGAGCAGAGCAAUUGGACACCGCCACCACAGAUAAGAUACCUGUCUGUUUUUCUUACAUUUCCAAUGGAAUGA